AUGGGGCUUCCUGAUCCCACUAGCGAUCUCGACUGGAGCGGCUACAUUGGCUCUAUUCACGAGAUAUUCCACAAGAAUGCUUUGAAGACUCCCGACGCGCCGUGCGUCACGGAAACAGCGUCCUCCACCACGCCCGAGAGGAGGUACAACUAUAAGCAGAUUUAUGAGGCGUCCAACAUCUUGGCCAACCAGCUCCACGAAGCUGGCAUCACCAAUGGCGAUGUCGUUAUGAUCUUUGCCUACCGUUCCGUUGAACUCGUCAUCGCCUUCAUGGGCACCCUUGCUGCCGGUGCCACUGUUACUGUCCUAGACCCCGCGUACCCCCCGGCGAGACAACAGAUCUACCUUGAAGUCUCACAACCAAAGGCCCUGGUCACAAUUGGCAGAGCCAGGGACGAGAAUGGUGAUUUGGCGCCGCGUGUUCAGAAGUACAUUGACGAGGAAUUGUCUCUAAAGCUACGAGUACCAGAGCUACGGAUGAGCGAUGCUGGCCACCUUACCGGUGGCGAGGUUGACGGGAAGCAAGUCUUUACCGACACUGAAAGCAAAGCAUCGACUCCUCCAGCUGUUCUAGUAGGUCCAGACUCAACAAGUAUCCUGAGCUUUACUAGUGGCACGACUUCCACACCCAAGGGCGUGUUGGGCAGACAUUACAGCUUAGCCAAGUACUUCCCGUGGAUGGCCAAAACUUUCAACUGGACCUCAGACACGAAGUUCGCUUGUCUAAGUGGCAUAAGUCAUGAUCCUAUCCAGCGAGACAUUUUCAGUCCGAUUUUCAUGGGCGGGGAGCUAGUUAUCCCUGCUCGCGAGAAUAUCGCCCACGAAAGGUUAGCUGAGUGGUUUCGCGAUCACGAACCCAAUGCGGUCCAUUUGACGCCCGCGAUGGGUCAAAUCUUGGUCGGCGGUGCCAAGGCAGAAUUUCCGUCAUUGAAGUGGGUUCUAUACGUUGGUGAUAUCCUGACCAAGAAGGAUUGUGCUGCACUCCGCAAGCUGGCGCCUAACGCGGAGAUCUGCGCUGCAUAUGGCACUACUGAGACGAGCCGCGCCGUGUCAUACUACCACAUCAAGAGCCAAGCCGAAGACCCGAAUGCAUUAGAUAAAUUUGGCGAUAUUGUUCCUGCCGGAAAGGGCAUCGAGAACGUCCAGCUCCUCGUAGUUAACCGGGAGAAUCCAACCAAGAUUUGCGGCGUUGGUGAGAAAACCAAGGAAAAGUUCCUCGACAACUGGUUCGUCGACAACCAGAAGUGGGUUGAGGCUGAUAACAAAGUUGCCGACCAUGUCAGCGAGCCCUGGAGAAAAUAUUACAAAGGCCCAAGAGACAGAAUCUACAGGACCGGCGACUUAGGUUACUUUUUGGACGAUUCUGGUAAUUGCGCAAUUACGGGCAGAGCUGAUGAUCAAGUCAAAGUUCGUGGUUUCCGCAUCGAGCUCAAUGAGAUCGAUAGCAACUUGAGAGGACACCAUUUAGUCCGCGAGUGCAAGACGCUGCUUCGAAGAGAUCGGAACGAAGAGCCAACACUGGUCAGCUACAUCAUACCUGAACACCAAGAGUGGCUCAAGUGGCUAGCAGAACGCAGUCUGGAAGACACUGAGGAGCAAGGUACCGAGAUCGGACCCGUCAUCGUGUAUUCAAAGCGCUAUAGGCCAAUGCAAACGGAGAUUCGAGAUCAUCUCAAAUCUCGAUUGCCGGUUCACGCUGUUCCGACAUAUUUUAUCUUCCUGAAGAAGAUGCCUUUGAACCCCAACGGCAAAAUUGACAGCCCAAAUCUGCCAUUCCCGGAUGCGGCCCUGAUCUCAGAAGAGGCUUCAGAGGAGGAUCUGAAACGAUGGGAAACACUCACCAGCACCGAAAAGGAAGUAGCGGAGCAGUGGGCAACAUUGAUCAAUGGUCUGAAUGCCAAGACUCUUCAGCCCGAGUCUGAUUUCUUUGAAAGCGGUGGACACAGUCUGCUGGCCCAGCAGCUUCUUCUCAAUACCCGCAAGAACCUGGGUGCCAACGUAUCUAUCAGCUCACUUUACUCGAACUCGUCCCUCCGCGCUCUUAGCGCACAAAUUGACCGCUUGCGUGAGGGCAAGGACGAUUCGGCCACGACAGAGGACGGCGAGGCUGCAUAUGCCCAGUCACUCGACAAGCUGCUCGGUAGCCUCGAUGCCAAGUAUCAGACGGCGGACCCUGCGGCACUCUCACCGGCAGGCAAGACGACCGUCUUUGUGACUGGCGCCACGGGCUUCCUGGGCUCUUACAUCGUCAGGAGCUUGCUCGAGCGUGAGAACGUACACGUGAUCGCCCAUGUCCGUGGAACGAAAGGCGUCCCGGCCGCCCUCGAGCGGCUCCAGAGGUCACUGCGCGGAUACAGCCUGCGUCUUGGACUUGAUGACGACACUUGGAAGAUGCUUGGCGACGCUGUCGAUGUGGUUAUCCAUAACGGCGCCCUCGUCCACUGGGUAAAGCAGUAUAAGCAUCUCGAGCGUAGCAAUGUUCUGUCAACGAUUGAUGCCCUGCGGCUUUGUAACCAGGGCAAGCCUAAGCUUUUCUCGUUCAUUAGCUCGACAAGUGUUCUAGACACGGAUCACUAUAUUAAUCUGUCACACCAACAGACCAGCACUGGACAAGGCGCUGUCAUGGAAGCAGAUGACAUGAUGGGCAGUCGCACCGGUCUAGGCACCGGAUAUGGCCAGUCCAAAUGGGUAUCUGAACAGCUCGUCCGUGAGGCUGGUAGGCGCGGCCUCCUCGGAUCUGUCGUCCGACCUGGCUAUAUCCUUGGAGACGCUGCCACCGGUGUCUGCAACAACGACGACUUUCUUAUCCGCAUGCUCAAGGGCUGUAUCCAACUGUCUAGCCGUCCGCACAUUAUUAACACAGUAAACGCCGUUCCUGUAGGUCACGUCUCUGCUGUCGUCGUCGCAGCCAGCUUGAACCCCAUCCCGGCCGAGACUGCAAACAGCAGCAGCGGUAGCUUCGAUGUCGGUGUCCACGUCAUCCACGUCACUGCCCAUCCUCGCCUGCGCAUGAACGAAUAUCUCUCCAUCCUGAGCUACUAUGGUUAUGAUGUUCCUGAGAUAGAUUACGAUCAAUGGAAGGCCCAGCUCGAGACCUUCGUCUCGGCAGGUCCUGUGCAGAAAGACGAGGAGCAGAGCGCUCUGAUGCCUCUCUUCCACAUGGCGACGAACAAUCUCCCCACAACCACUCGCGCGCCGGAACUUGAUGAUCGCAAUGCUGUUGCUGUCCUUAAGGCUGAUGCAGACCGGUGGACGGGUAUCGAUGAGAGUGCUGGAGAGGGCGUUAGUAGGGAAGCCGUUGGCCGUUUCUUAAGGUACCUCGCCGAAACCAAUUUCCUGGCGUGGCCAACUGGACGGGGUAGGGAGCUGCCGGCUAUCAAGGCUGGUGUUGUUGAGGCGCACACGAAAUGGGGCGUUGGAGGGCGUGGUGGUGCAGCGUGA